AUGAACUACCAAGCGGUGGCGCUAGCCUUAGUGGCGGCAAUUUGCACAUCAACGGUCAUCGGCGACGACGAUCUCGUCCCUCCUCGCCGCGAAAUUUACGACAACGGAAAAAUCUUCGAUAUCACUCACCGGUAUCACCCGGACAUGCCAGAGUUUGAAUCGAAAAACGGUAUCGGUCAAUUCCUGUGGCUUCCGAAGAGCAUGAAGAACGGUUCCAUCGCUAAUAACUCUGAAAUGAAACUUCCGGCUCAUACCGGAACUCACGUUGAUGCACCUGGCCACGUCUACGAUCACUACUUCGAUGCUGGAUUUGAUGUUGAUUCACUCGACUUGCACGUUCUCAAUGGUCCUGCUCUUCUAGUUGAUGUUCCAAGAAAUAGUAAUAUAACUGCUGAAGUUAUGAAGUCAUUAAAUAUCCCCAGGGGUGUAAAGCGCGUACUCUUCCGAACAUUAAAUACCGACAGGCGGCUGAUGUUUCAGAAGGAAUUUGAUUCAAACUAUGUGGGGUUCACUGUAGAUGGAGCAAAAUGGCUAGUGGAAAACACCGAUAUCAAACUUGUUGGUACUGACUACCUAUCUGUUGCUUCUUAUGAUUACUUGAUUCCAUCCCACCUUGUAUUUUUAAAAGACAGGGAAAUCAUUCUUGUUGAAAGCCUGAAACUUGAUGAUGUCCCAGCAGGAUUAUACUCAGUCCACUGCUUACCUCUAAGGUUGGCUGGUGCUGAGGGAUCACCAAUACGAUGCAUUCUAAUCAAGUAUUAA